AUGGCUGACCGUCCAAGACACAUCCAAAUUCACUCACAAGCCACUCACCAAAAUGGCCCAACAACUUCCCAAGUCCUGGCUAUAAUCACCCUCCUCCCUGUGGGAGCAACCCUUCUUGGCUUAGCCGGCAUUACCUUCAUAGGCACGGUUAUCGGGCUAGCCGUCACCACCCCUGUUUUCAUAAUCUUUAGCCCUGUUAUAGUCCCUGCAGUUCUGGCCAUUGGGCUGGCUGUGGCCGGAGUGAUGGCCUCCGGGGUUUUCGGGAUCUCGGGGCUUUCGUCGCUCUCUUGGUUGUUAACUUUGUUCAGGCAGACCGCUGAGGCGAUGCCUGAAACGGUGGACGCUGCGAAGAAGCGGGCGCUGGAUGUUGCGAGCUAUGCAGGUCAGAAGACGAAGGAAGCAGGGCAGACUAUUCAGAACAAGGCUGCACGGAAUGAUGGAAAGGAAGGUGUUCCCAGAACCCUGGCUGAAUAA